UUUGCAUUUUUUGUAUCUACAUACAUAAGCUAUACGUUGUCAAUUCUUGUGAAUGUUCCAUCUAGCGUUUGUUAUUGGGCCGCUUUUUAAGAGUUUUUGUGGGAAUAUAUUAAGAAAAGUAAAAGAAAUUAGCAAAAACAAGUGUUUGUGGUAGAAUGGAUUCCGAAAAUUUUAAUAAUGAUGGUGAAAUUGACACCCAAGCAGAUGUUAUGCGUAUAAUGAUAUCUACUGAUAACCAUUUGGGGUAUGGCGAAAAGGACGCCAUCAGAGGCGAGGAUAGUUUCAUUGCUUUUGAGGAGAUGCUGGAGCUUGCUGUACGGGAAGAUGUGGAUUUUAUACUUCUAGGAGGUGAUUUAUUUCAUGACGCAGUGCCCACUCAAAAUGCUUUGCACAAAUGCAUGAAACUAUUGAGGAUGUAUACAUUUGGCGAUCGUCCUAUAUCUGUAGAGUUUUUAAGCGAUGGAAGUCAAAAUUUCCAUAAUUCUGUCAAUGAAACCGUCAACUAUGAAGAUCCUAAUCUGAAUAUAUCGAUUCCUGUGUAUUCCAUUCACGGAAAUCACGACGAUCCCAGUGUUUUUGGAGGAUUGAGUUCUUUGGACUUGUUGUCUACUACGGGAUUGGUAAACUAUUUUGGCCGCUGGACGGACUUGAACAAUAUUGAUAUCUCUCCCAUUAUAUUAAAAAAAGGAGCUACAAAAUUGGCUCUCUACGGUCUAAGUCACAUUCACGACAAUCGCCUGGCUCGUCUAUUUGAAAGCCGUAAGGUGCACAUGCAGGUUCCCGAAGGAGUAGAAGGGGAAUGGUUCCAUUUGAUGGUACUGCAUCAAAAUCGAGCAGACCGAGGACCCAAGAAUUACUUGCCCGAAGAGGCGUUGCCAGAUUUCCUUCAUUUGGUAAUUUGGGGACAUGAGCAUGACUGUCGCAUUGAACCUGAACUCAAUGCCAAGCGGGACUUCUAUGUCAGUCAACCCGGUUCUACAGUACCCACCUCCUUGUCAGAAGGUGAAGCUCUCCGCAAGCAUGUUGCAGUAUUGGAAAUCUAUAAAGAUAAAUUUAAGAUGAAGCCGAUUCCUCUGCAAACAGUACGCCCAUUCGUUUUUGAAUCAGUUAAUGUGGCAGAUUUAGCUGAGGAGCUGCGUUUGGACGAGGGCGAUGCUUCAAAUAAAGUACGAGCAAUGGCUCAAGAGAAAAUAGAGGCGAUGUUGGAGAGAUCGAAAGAGCUUCUUACCGGUAAUCCUAGGCAGCCCACAAUACCUACCGUACGUUUGAGAAUUUGUUUUUCGGAUGAGGAACAAAUGUUUAAUGGUAUUCGAUUGGGACAAACUUUUAAUGAUCGUGUAGCUAAUCCAGCAGAUAUGGUACAUUUCAAAAAAAUGAUCAAACGGGAAAAGAAAGAACGUUCCAAUCUUGAUAAGGAGGAGAUGAAAAAUCAAUUCAAGAAACUUGAAGGCGAAUCGGCUGCUCGUGUGGAAGAUCUAGUAGAGCGAUACUUUAACGAAGUAGAUGAAAGUAAGUCUCUCAAAGUAAUUUCUACAAAGGCUCUAACCGAAUUGUGCAAUCAGCUUGUAGAGCGCAAAGACAACAAUGCAGCAGAUAAUUUAAUAAGGUCGUACAAAGCCAAGGCUGUAGAGCAUCUAAUGGAGAAAAUGCCAGCUGAGGAGCAACUUGAUACUGAACUAACACAAUUCAAACUAAAUAUUACACAAGAUAAUAUUUUGAAAAUGCUAGAAACCGUCGUUCAGCCUGCAACUAUUAAAACAACCACGACGGCCAGAAACUCGACAACUGCAAAUUACCAAGAUGAUAGCGAGGAUAACGACAGCAGCGAUGAUACUCCUCUAAAGCAAACACGUUCCUCCAAAAGUUUCAAGGAUGAAGUUAACUCUAGGGGACGUGGCAGGGGCAGAGGCAGAGGGGCAAGGGGUGGAGCUGUUGCAACACCUUCCAAGACUAGUCCUCGUGCGGCAAAUUCUUCGAAUGCGGGACGUCAAAAAGCUCAAAUGGAAAUUUCACCCUCUACGCGCACUUCCGCUCGCCAACAGAGCUUGUUCAACAUGGGAAAUUCGAGAAAGGCUGCAUCCAAGCAAAAAAUUUACGAAAUUUCAGACGAAUCGGAUUAACUAAGAUAACUUAUUUGGAAUUAUGAUCAUGGUCUUAUUAAUUACCCGGAGUACUUUAAUUGUGAAAAAUACCUCCAUCUUAAUGCAUAUACACAAACAUUUAUUUUGCUAAGAUAUAAUUUCUUCAGAAGAUUUUUUAUACAUUCAAACGAAAAUAUGUAUAAUUUUAAAUAUAAAUCCACGUCAUUCCAAUA